UAAAAAUUCAUUUCAUCGCAAUAUUACAUACAGAAGGCAGUUAAAAAACAAUUCAUGACCCCUAGCAACAAAACAAAUAUUUGCCACACAUUGGUAUUUCUUUAAAUUAAAAUCAUUAAAAUAACAUAAAAUGCGAGAAAUUGUUCAUAUUCAAGCUGGUCAAUGUGGAAAUCAAAUUGGUGCAAAAUUCUGGGAAGUUAUUUCGGACGAACAUGGAAUAGACCCCACAGGAACGUAUCAUGGUGAUUCUGAUUUACAGUUGGAAAGAAUAAAUGUAUACUACAAUGAAGCUACAGGGGGAAAGUAUGUGCCUAGAGCAGUAUUGGUGGAUUUGGAGCCUGGUACGAUGGAUUCUGUCAGAUCCGGACCUUUUGGCCAAAUCUUCAGACCUGACAAUUUCGUCUUUGGUCAAAGCGGAGCAGGAAACAAUUGGGCAAAAGGUCAUUACACAGAAGGAGCGGAACUUGUCGAUUCAGUUUUAGAUGUAGUCAGAAAAGAAGCUGAAGGUUGUGACUGCAUGCAAGGAUUUCAGUUGACUCAUUCACUAGGAGGAGGUACGGGGUCCGGCUUGGGUACAUUACUAAUAUCUAAAAUAAGAGAGGAAUAUCCAGAUAGGAUUAUGAAUACUUUUUCUGUAGUGCCAUCACCGAAAGUAUCAGAUACAGUUGUAGAACCAUAUAAUGCCACGUUAUCAGUUCAUCAACUGGUAGAAAAUACAGAUGAAACUUACUGUAUCGAUAAUGAGGCUUUAUACGAUAUUUGCUUCAGAACAUUGAAGCUCACGACUCCAACUUACGGUGAUUUGAAUCACUUAGUAUCUGCUACAAUGUCUGGAGUUACCACAUGCCUUAGAUUUCCCGGUCAAUUGAAUUCAGAUUUGAGGAAGUUAGCUGUAAAUAUGGUUCCCUUUCCACGUCUUCACUUUUUUAUGCCUGGUUUUGCUCCACUAACAUCCAGAGGUAGUCAACAAUAUCGAGCUCUUACUGUUCCCGAACUCGUCUUGCAAAUGUUUGACGCUAAAAAUAUGAUGGCUGCAUGUGAUCCUCGUCACGGAAGAUAUCUAACUGUUGCUGCAAUAUUCAGAGGUAGGAUGUCGAUGAAGGAAGUCGACGAACAGAUGUUGAAUAUUCAAAAUAAGAAUAGCAGUUAUUUUGUAGAAUGGAUUCCAAAUAAUGUAAAAACUGCUGUUUGUGAUAUUCCACCUAGAGGUCUAAAAAUGUCCUCUACGUUUAUAGGAAAUUCUACUUGUAUCCAAGAGUUAUUCAAAAGAAUAUCAGAGCAAUUCACAGCCAUGUUCCGAAGAAAAGCGUUCUUGCAUUGGUAUACUGGAGAAGGAAUGGACGAAAUGGAAUUCACCGAAGCGGAAAGUAACAUGAAUGAUUUAGUGUCCGAAUAUCAACAAUACCAGGAUGCAACUGCAGAAGAGGAAGGUGAAUUUGAUGAAGAGGAAGAGGGCGACGAAGGUGAAAAUUAAUCUUUUUGUGGAACAUUUUCAAAUCUUUCAGUAAUUUUCUACUUGUUUGGUAUUAUAUUGAUGUAACUUAACAAAUUUUGGAGGCUUCUUAUAAAAUAAACUUUCAACUUUCA